AAUUCGCCUAUAAAGAAAGUAAAAUUUAACUUAUAUAUAUUGGCUAUAAUUUUUUAAUAUACAUUUUCAGAAAAAUCUGAUUAAUUUUUCUGGCUAAUAAAAAAACUACUAACUAUCUUCUUGGUACAAAAUGUAAAUAAGUUUUAAAUACUAUACUAUACAAGUACAUAUGUAUUUUGAUCGCAAAGCAUGUAGAGGUUGAGGCGCUCAGACAAAUGUAUUGACGUCGCGUAGCUCGCCAUAAGUGUUUUCUACUCUUCAAAAAACUUAUCAUAUAAGAUGGGUAAAAAAGAUAAAAACAAAAAAAAGAUAAGUGGUGAUGCAAAAACUGCACUUAAAACUGAAAAAAAGCUGAAUGCUAAACAAAAAAAAAAAUUGGCUACACUUGGUGAGGUUAGGAAAAUAUAUACAUAAAUAUAAGAAAUUAAAGCAUAUUUAUAAAGCUUCUAAACAUUUCUAAAAAAGUCAGAUUUUGCGCAGAAAUAUAUUUAAUUUAGUAUAAGAGAAAAAUAUUUUUAUUGUAUGUCAUCCCUAUUUAACAUGAAGAUAUAGAGAAUGUGAUUGCUCAAAUUGAAAAAGAAGAAACUAAAAGACAACGUGUUAUUGAAAAAGCAGUAGAUCCACCAUCCAGACGUGUAAAUUUUACUUUAACAGCACAUCCUUCCAAAGAUGAACUUAUUAUGCUUGGUGGAGAAUUUCAUGAUGGACGAACAACGUUUGUUUAUGGAGAUAUGUUUAUAUAUAAUUUAAACAAAAAUGAGUGGAUGAUCAUUAAAGCACCUGGUGCUCCUCCUCCACGUUGUGGUCAUCAAGCUGUAACUACAAGUACAAAUAAAGGAGAACUAUGGGUAUUUGGUGGUGAAUUUUCAAGUCCUUCGGAAUCACAAUUUUAUCAUUAUAGAGAUUUAUGGGUUUAUCGAUUUGGAGAGAAAAAGUGGGAAAAAAUUUUAUCUUCUGGCGGGCCAUCAGCCAGAAGUGGCCACAGAAUGGCUCAUAUAAAAAAACAGUUGGUAGUAUUUGGUGGAUUUCAUGAUAACUUAAGAGACUAUAAAUAUUACAAUGAUGUACAUAUAUUUAAUCUUGAAACAUAUGUAUGGCACAAAAUUGAUAUAAUAGGUACUCCACCGUUUCCAAGAUCUGGAUGUAUACUGCUGCCAACACCUGACAAUAAACUUCUUGUAUAUGGUGGUUAUAGUAAGGAAAGAAUAAAAAAAGAUGUUGAUAAAGGCUGCAUUCAUAGUGACAUGUUCUUAUUGACUCCUGAGAAAAAUGAUCAGUCAGGUUUAAAAUGGAAGUGGGUGCCUAUAAAACAAUCAGGAAUUAAAAUAUCACCACGAUGUAGCGUACCUGCUACUUUGGUUCAACCAAAUUUGGCUUACUUAUUUGGUGGAGUUUUUGAUGAAGAAGAUAAUGAAGAGGAACUUCGUGGAAUAUUUUACAAUGACUUAGUAGCUUUAGAUUUAGAAAAAUUUCAAUGGCACAUAGUAACACUGAAUGGAAAAAGAGAUAUAACUACACGACGUCGAAGAAGAAAAUUGAAGGAAGAUGAUGGGGAAGAAAAUGAUAUCGAAAUGGAAGAUGACAAUCAUAUGGAUACGCAAGAACCACUCCCUACUUCUGUUGAAUCUAAAGUUAUUGAUGAUGAUGGAAUCUUUACAGUUACAAUAGGACCAACACAAAUAUCUACUAUUGAUAAAAAAGAAAACAUAUAUAAAGAUGUGUUUGUUCCAUCCCCAAGAAUGAAUUCUGGAUUAGUUGUAAAGCACAAUAGCUUAUAUUUAUAUGGAGGCUUAUUUGAGGAUGAAAACAGACAAUAUACACUCAACGAUUUUUAUAGUUUAGAUUAUCGUAAAUUACAUGAGUGGAAUACAAUAUUAAGGGAUGAUUUGUCUUCACAAAUUUGGUAUGAUUCCAGUGAUUCUAGUUCAGACAGUGAACACACAGAUGACAGUGAUGAAAAUGAGAGUGAUCCUAUAGACAAGCAGAUGGAUGUUGAUAAAAAUUAAUGAUUCCAUUGUAUUAUACAAUAGAAUGCCUUAAAUAAAUUAUGUUUCAAAAAAUUA